AUGCAUAGGAGGGCCAUACAUUCAACAGCCAACCCAAUUCAAAAAUUGAACCAACAGCCCUUGUCACACAAUCAACCAAGCCCAUACACUCGAGCUGCAUCCACAACAGCAACACCACCAAAUCCAACAAUCCACGAGCUAUUCGAAGAAACAUCCGGAACAUGGCAAUACCUGGUAUCCGACCCAAAAACCGACAAAGCAGUAAUAAUCGACCCAGUCCUAAACUACGACCCAGCAACCCAAGUCAUAACAACCUCGACAGCAGACGAUAUCCUAUCAAAAAUCAAAGACAAGGGCUAUAAAAUCGACAAAAUCCUCGAAACACACGCCCACGCAGAUCACCUCAGUGCAGCAGCCUAUCUCCAAGCCCGCCUUGCAAAAGAGCAAGGUUUCAAACCUCCCGUUUGUAUCGGCAAACGCAUCGAGCAGGUCCAGACGCUAUUUGCCAAGCGGUACGGCGUCCCAGAAAAAGAAUAUGUCCGCGUUUUCGAUAGACUCUUCGAUGACGACGAGGUAUUUUCCAUUGGGGAGUUGAAGGCGAAGGCUGUUCAUCUUCCUGGUCAUACGCCUGACCAUUUGGGAUAUAUGAUUGGGGAAAACCUCUUCUGCGGCGACAGCCUCUUCCACACAGAUAUAGGAACAGCCCGCUGCGACUUCCCUGGCGGCUCGGCGCGAGAUUUGUACGCAUCAGGGCGCAAACUGCUCAGUUUACCAGAUCACUAUAAGAUCUGGACGGGACAUGAUUACCCGCCUGAAGGACGGAAUGAGCCUGUACCUUGGAUCAGUGUGCGCGAUCAUAAGAGGUUGAACAAGCAUCUUAAGGAGGGGAUUUGUGAGGAGGAGUUUGUUGCUUUGAGGAGGGAGAGGGAUAGUGGACUUAAGGCCCCCCGAUUGUUGCAUCAAUCUUUGCAGGUUAAUAUUCGGGCUGGGAGGUUGCCUGGGGUUGAGGAGUCUGGGUUUCGGUUUUUGCGUGUUCCUUUAGUUGGUGGGGAGUGGUAG